CGGGCUCGGCCGCCAGCACUAAAGAUGGAGAGGCGCCGGGGCCUCGCAGGGGAGGGGGCUCGGCGUUGACGUGGGACGCGGCGGAGGCGCCGCAGCCGGUGGUGAUUUGCUAACCUAGCGGCAGAGAGGAGUUAAGGGUGAUGAGAGCGGGUACUGCGAACUGCCGGGCGAUGCCGCCGUUGCCGCCGUGAGAUCCGGAGCAACAGUUCCCCAGCAACACCCCUUCCCCGAUCCAGGCACACCCCUCAUCCCCCCAGGCACGCACACCCACCCCAAGCUCCAGGCUCGGCAAGCGUCCCCUCUGCUCGCCCAGGAAGCCUACCCUGCCCCACCACGCAGAGCAAAGAAGGAAAGAGAGCCCCAUGCCUGAGCCAAGGGGAGCAUCAUGGAUCUGACAAAGAUGGGUAUGAUCCAGCUGCAGAACCCUAGCCACCCUACGGGGCUGCUGUGCAAGGCCAACCAGAUGCGACUGGCCGGGACUUUGUGCGAUGUGGUCAUCAUGGUGGACAGCCAGGAGUUCCAUGCCCACCGGACGGUGCUGGCCUGCACCAGCAAGAUGUUUGAGAUUCUCUUCCACCGAAACAGCCAGCACUAUACCCUGGACUUCCUCUCGCCAAAGACCUUCCAGCAGAUUCUGGAGUAUGCCUACACAGCCACACUGCAAGCUAAGGCAGAGGACCUGGAUGACCUGCUGUAUGCAGCUGAAAUCCUGGAAAUCGAGUACCUGGAGGAGCAGUGCCUGAAGAUCCUGGAGACCAUCCAGGCAUCCGAUGACAAUGACGCAGAGGCCACCAUGGCUGAUGGUGGGGGCGAAGAAGAAGAGGACCGCAAGGCUCGAUACCUCAAGAACAUCUUCAUCUCGAAGCAUUCCAGCGAGGAGAGUGGGUAUGCCAGCGUGGCUGGACAGAGCCUCCCUGGGCCUAUGGUGGACCAGAGCCCUUCGGUCUCCACCUCUUUUGGUCUUUCAGCCAUGAGUCCUACCAAGGCAGCAGUGGACAGUUUGAUGACCAUAGGACAGUCUCUCCUGCAAGGAACUCUUCAGCCACCUGCAGGGCCUGAAGAGCCCACACUGGUGGGGGGUGGGCGGCACCCUGGGGUGGCUGAGGUCAAGACAGAGAUGAUGCAGGUAGAUGAAGUCCCUGGCCAGGACAGCCCUGGGGCAGCUGAGUCCAGCAUCUCAGGAGGGAUCGGGGACAAGCUUGAAGAAAGGAGCAAAGAGGGGCCUGGGACUCCCACUAGAAGCAGCGUCAUCACCAGUGCCAGGGAGCUUCAUUAUGGGCGAGAAGAGAGUGGUGAGCAGCCGUCCCCUCCUGUUGAAGCUGGUCAGGGACCCCCCGGGCGACAGGAGCCCCUGGUACCCCCAGUGGAGAAGCAUUUGGGCAUCUACUCAGUGUUGCCCAACCAUAAGGCCGAUGCUGUGUUGAGCAUGCCGUCGUCAGGGACCUCUGGUCUCCAUGUGCAACCUGCCCUGGCCGUCUCCAUGGACUUCAGCACCUAUGGGGGCCUGCUGCCUCAGGGCUUCAUCCAGAGGGAGCUGUUCAGCAAGCUGGGUGAGCUGGCUGUGGGCAUGAAGGCCGAGAGCCGUCCUCUGGGGGAGCAGUGCAGCGUGUGUGGGGUCGAGCUUCCGGACAACGAGGCCGUGGAGCAGCACAGGAAGCUGCACAGUGGGAUGAAGACAUACGGGUGUGAGCUCUGUGGAAAGCGGUUCCUGGAUAGUUUGCGACUGAGAAUGCAUUUACUGGCUCAUUCAGCGGGUGCCAAAGCCUUUGUGUGUGAUCAGUGUGGUGCCCAGUUCUCAAAGGAGGAUGCUCUGGAGACACACAGACAGACCCACACUGGCACGGACAUGGCUGUUUUCUGUCUGCUGUGUGGGAAGCGCUUCCAGGCACAGAGCGCGCUCCAGCAGCACAUGGAGGUGCAUGCAGGCGUGCGUAGCUACAUCUGCAGCGAGUGCAACCGCACCUUUCCCAGCCACACGGCUCUCAAACGCCACCUUCGCUCACAUACAGGUGACCACCCCUAUGAGUGUGAGUUCUGUGGCAGCUGCUUCCGGGAUGAGAGCACGCUCAAGAGCCACAAGCGCAUCCACACUGGCGAGAAACCCUAUGAGUGCAAUGGGUGCGGCAAGAAAUUCAGCCUCAAGCACCAGUUGGAAACCCACUACAGGGUUCACACAGGUGAGAAGCCCUUCGAGUGCAAACUCUGCCACCAGCGCUCACGAGACUACUCGGCCAUGAUCAAGCACCUGAGAACGCACAAUGGCGCCUCACCCUACCAGUGCACCAUCUGCACGGAGUACUGCCCCAGCCUCUCCUCCAUGCAGAAGCACAUGAAGGGCCACAAGCCGGAGGAGAUCCCACCCGACUGGAGGAUAGAGAAGACGUACCUCUACCUGUGUUAUGUUUGAAGGGGGGACCCCCCGCGCACACACGGUAGAACAGCGGCGGGAGCCCGCAAAGAUGAGCUAGAGCGAGAUAAAGUGGAAAGACUGUGCAGAGAAAAGAAAAGGGAAAUAGAAAAGAAAGAGAGAGAGAGAGAGAGAGAGAGAAAGGAAACUCGGUAGUUACUUGGCCUUGGAUUCCUUCUGGAGUUUCCGGUGAUGGGGCUGUCACACCGAUGCCCUUUCCCUGGGGUCUCUGCCCUCCUUGGUUCUCUUGGGUGGGUGGGGUGGUGGUUUUGCUCAUUCACACAGUGGCAUAUUUUUCUCCUCCCCACAACUUAGACCUUCCUCUUGUGUCCAGAAAUGGAAACCAGGAAGCAAGUGUGAGGUCCUCUGGUCAGAGCCACUGCCUCUGCCCUCUCUCUUCGCUUCUCCUCCUCUGAAGAGGGUGGGAGGGGAGCAGAGAGGGCAGCUGGAGGCAGUGAGGGGUGGUGUCUCUGGCUGAUGCUCAGAGUGGCAGCUCUGGCAUCACUGGGGGCAGACUGGGAAGGGAAAGGCUCUCUGCUCUGCCCAGCCAUACCUGGUGCCCUCAUGGUCUCAGAGAGCCUUGUGGCUCUUCUCACCCUUCAGCUCCCGGCACCUGCUUGAUAAUUGUCCUCUGGUCACAAGGGGCUCACGCCCUGUGUGGAUCUGGACUCUGUCUUUCUUAGGUCCCUCCUGGGGAGAGCUGUGUCAGAUUCCAGAGCCCCUUCCUUCCUUCCCUCCCUCAGCUUUCAGACAACAUGGAACAAAAUAAAUCCGCACUGUACCCUAGCCAAACCCCCUCAGGAGCAAGAUUCCCGCCGGUCUGCUUUCUGCUCGCAAAAAGGAAACAAAACAAAACAGAAAACCAACUAAAUGUAUUCCAUCCCGCCAUCCAAACAAGCACACAUCGCUGUGACCCCCGCUUCAGCCCCUGGGGGGCAGGAAUGCCAUCCUAUUGAAAGGUCCGGUUGUCCAAAAGAAGGAGUGGAUGAUGCCCUCCUGCAGGUGAACUUGACCUGGGAAUAGAUGCCCUGCCUGGGCACGGUGGGAGGACUAGCCAUGGGGGAAGUUGCUAUCACACUGAGGAUCCUUUACCCCAGAUCCGGAGAUUAGCACCGAAUUCCUGGCUCAGGUCCCCCCCCCCCCACCCCCGAAGCCCCUAGGGAGCAGGGAGGAGGAGCUGAUGGCGCUUUGGCCUCUUGUUAUGUUUGCUUUUAGCACAUUGUACUUGAAUUACCUCAGUUUUUAUUUUUUGUGACCUCAUGAGCUUUUCGAACCCCAUCUCUUUUUUUUAUCCUUUUGGUUGAGGGGGGAGGGGGGGUUAUUGGAGGAACGAGGAGGGUGUACUUUUCUGUUGUAGCAUAAGUUAAUAGUUGGCUUUGAAUCUGACCUGGUCGAGGCCCUCCCCUUCUCUGGCUGGAAGCUGUCAGAAAAAGUGGACCACUCAGGAUCUGAAUGGAAGGCCAGGAGGGCUGAGAAGGUGGUGGGAAUGGAGAGAAUGACAGGUGGGUGGGUGGUUUCUCACUGCUCCUGUCGCGCCGCGUCCAAGUCACACGCAGCAGCACCAUCCAGGGCUCAGACCAGCAGUGCCCAGCUUUAGUUCAGCCUGAAACACUUUAGAGAAAAGUCCAACUGCUCCUAGAGUUACCUGGGCUGUUGAGGCUUAAGGGGGGGAGGGGCUGUUAUUAAGAUCUAUACGACCACAUGGCCCCCUCCUGUGCUGUUCUCACUGCUAAAACUGGUAUAUUUAUUUCAUGGCUGGCAUGCAUGUGAGGAGUGGACCGGCCUGGUUUUGUUGUGCUGGGUGGGGCAUUGUUUUUCUAAAAGCUACCUCUUCUGUUUGUCCAGUCUUUUCGUUCCUUCGGCAUUUCUGCCUCCUCCCACCCUCCAAGUCUCCCCACCCUGAAUUUUGGAAAGCACAUUUGCGAUAAUCCCUUUUGCUUUGGGAUGACCCCUCCCUUUCAUUUCCUGCGCUACGUAUAAGCUAAUUGUUGUUUUCUUCCUCCUCCUCCUCUUUCUCUGAGAGAGUUGUAGCUGUGUUUUGAUCUUAGGUUUUAAAAAGUGGUUUAGGGAAGCCGUUGGCAGGGCCGAAGGACUGUGAAGAAUAACAGAGAAAUCCGAGGGAUGAGCGCUGCUGUGCCCACUCCCCCUAUCUCUCGGCCAGGCCCCCAUCCCCCCGCCCCCAUCUUCCCCUUCCAGCUCAUCCACCGUAUCUGAAGGCCUUAAACAUUGUGUGUUGGGAGGAUGUGGGUUUGGGGGUGCUCGCCUCUCCAGUGUGAGCUAGGGAUGGUAAGGUACAGAGGGCGCUAUUUUGGAACUAUAGUUAGUGGUGACUUAGUGCAUUGGGAAGGUGAAAAGGUUAAACUUGAAAUAUGUGACCAGAACAGCUGUCAUGUUUAUAAUGUGAAAAGAGAAUCUUGUUAGGGAAGAGCCGUCUUUAAAAAUCAGUGUGCACUGUGGCUUCCUCCCCAGUCCAGGGAGGUAAAGUGAGACCUGCUCGCCUUCAGGGGCUCUGCCGAUCGCAGAAAACAGUAUUUUUAGCAGUAAGAUGUCAUUCAGAAUUGAUGGCGAAGGGAAAAAUAUCCAACUAUUCCAUAGAACUGGCUGGUCCCUUGCUUCUCAGCCCUUCCCACUCGGCCUCCACACACCCCCCCUCCCUGCCCCGCCCAAUUAUAAAAGUAUGAGAGGACUGAGCAGAUCCUUUGCAAAUUGUAAUAUUUUUGUAGCAUUUGUUAGUUCCUUCUUCAGUUCUGCAGGAACGUGCUCUGUCCUUUUGUAAUGUGAAUGGGGGGGGGGAUUUAAAAAGAGAAAAAGUUAAAAAAAAAAAAAAAAGCUCAUCGCCAUCAACAGCAAAAUAUCCCUUUGUACGUAUGUGCGUGUCUGUACGCGUGUAUGGGCUUGUGUCGUGUGCGUGUGCGUGCGUAUAUGUGUGUGUGUGUGGCUGGAGAUGAAGCCAUGCUGUGUUGUCUGCGCUGCUCUCUCAGUGUUGAAUGGUACUCACUCAACACCUGCCUGCCCCAUCUGCCCCUGAGGAUUCUGGGGAUCCUAGCAGAGGCAGGGACAGCUUCGAAGGGACACUUUCCUUGUUUCCCUUGCAGCCCAGACCCCAAGAUGUUCCAACAUGCCUCUCCCCCACUCACAAAGAGGAAAUGGUUUUAAAAUUGCCAGGGCCUUUUCCGCUGGGCUUGAUGGCCACCGGGCAGGUAGGGGGCUGUCUGUCGAGAAACCUUCUGGAGCACCUGGAGUUGGGGAGGCUAGAAGGGUGGAGGCGCUUUCCUUCCCAGGGAAGCCUGAACUGUAUUUACUCCACUCCUCUUGGAGACUUCCCGGAUGCCACUCCUCUGCCUUUGGCUGUGUUCUUACAGAACCCCUGACUUGCUGCUGCCUUAUCCGGCUCUGUGACCUUCUCCCGCCUCGCAAAUCCAAGCUGCUUACUGGUCCCUCCCCUUGCCCAGCUUCUACGAAUGAACCCCUUAAUGCUUUGGGUGACAUUGACCCUUCCCUCGGUGCCCCUCCCCCCUCGCUCCUUUGCUCAUUUAAAGCAUUAAAAUCCUAUGUGUAUAUGGGAUAGACAAAUAUAUAUAUAUAUAUAGAAAGAGAUAUAGCAAGAGAGAUAUAAAAUAGAAAAACGUCUUUGCUGCUUGGCUGCUUUACAUGAAGAAGAGGAAGGCAGAUCUGGGGUACAAGGGUGGGUCGGAAGGCUGGGGGAACCCAGUGAUUCAGUACAAUCCAGGGAUGCCACACGGGCUUAUUUAAAUCUCUGUGCCUGAACAGUUUUUUCAUGUUGAGAAAAAAAAAAAAAAAAAAACCUGCUGCAAAUUUUGACAAGUAUAUGGUACGCUUCCAGAUGUGAUGGGUGCGACCUGGAAGAGAGGGCCAGGUCCCUCCUUGGAGGAGAGAGAGCAGGAAGCACUUUUGGUCUUGGGCCAUGGGUAGGGGGAGUAGAGUGGGUAGACUUUUGGCCAAUCCCCUGGCAAGCCAGACUAGGGUGGACACUGGGGACACUGAUGUGUGAGACAGAUGCACAAAGAGCUGGGGUUCCGUUGGUUUAUUUUUCCUUCUGCUUGUUUUGCGUCCCCACCUUCCAACCGAUGGUCUCCUAGCCUCCUGGAACUUCCAGCUUCGUUCCUGUGGCUGCACUUACUGGAGAUGCCUCUAGGAGGACUAAGAGCAAAACUAAGGAAGUGGGGGAAGAGAUGCCCAAAGGAAGAGUGCAGGACAAACAGAGUAGAUGGGAUCAGAGGACAGCGUGAGGAGAAAGGAGGAAAAGCCCCAGCAAGCCUGCCUGCCAGCAGCUCUGAGUCCUCGGCUCCUGGGUGGCCCACUUUGCAGACAGGGUCCCAUCUCCCCGCGUGUAUCAUAGUAUCUGUUCACAUAGUGUUAUGCAUGAAUCCUUGUGAGGUGAAGAACCGUCAUGAUGCACCACGCCAUUGCCCUAUAUAUAAAGAUAAAGAUAUAUAUAUAUAUAUAUGUAUGUAUGUAUGUAUGUGUAUGUAAGUUAUAGCACUGAGGGCCCCGUGGCCCUGCUGGACCAAGCAAAACUAAGCCUUUUGGUUUGGGUGUUACGGUUUUUUUUUCUUUUUUGUUUUGUUUUGUUUUGGCUUGUCCGAUGUUGUACGAGCACAAGUGCCAGUCCGGUUGCUUUGUAUCACAGAACAGUGUUUUUUAAUUCAUCGAUGUUCUAGUUGAUGUCUACCUCAGCGCCUCCUCUUAGCCUGAUUCUAGGAGGUUGCCCAAUUUGGUUUCUUCAAUUGUAUCGGUUCUUUUUCGUUGUUGUACAAAUCAACCUCCCCACCCUUGUCUCUUUCUCCUUCUUCCUCCCCUCUCUCCCCUUGCCCAUCCUCUUCUCUUCUCCCCCCGCCCCCCUGCCUCACAGUCCUCCAAUCCAGAUUGCCAGUUCUUUCUGUCCCUUCCAAGUGUGUGCGCGCGCGCUCCCGAUUGCCGCUUAUCCACACCUGCCUUCGUUCCGUGUAGAUGGAUGCGUUUCUUCGUAACUUCAGUGUUUCUGACAAGAUUUAAAAAAAACAAACAAAAAAAAAAACAAAAACAAAAAAAAGAAAAAAAAAAUGAAAAAAAAUGAAUUUACUGCUGCAGGUUUUUUUCCCAUGUGUCACGAAGUGAAGUUUGUGCCUUCUAUAGCAAAGAGAAUAUUUUUUACAUCCUACUAACAGUAGAUUUUUUUGUAGUGAACAUUUUUUGUAUUUUUAUUUAUAAGUCUCAUAAGAAAAAUAGCGAUGUUCAGUUGUAUACCUUGAAUCUGCAGUUAGAAGAGAAUAAAGUUAAUUCAGUUGUCUCUGG